ACACUCAUUACAACGCCCUAGCUGCCUGGAUAUAGAUGUUAUUCCUGUGAUGUUUCGGUAUAAACACCCUUAUCGUACCUAUAUAGUGUGCGAGUACCUGAGUGGCACAGUUUGUACAUAUACGCCCCCAAUCCCACGCCAACACGCUGUCAAUUAUACGCGAUUUUCCAAUUCUACACUAUCUUCACGACCGUCACUCGUUUCCAAGAUGGCUGCAGAGUUCCUACCGAAGUUUUUCAGCUACAUUGACGAACACCAAGAUUUGUAUGUUGAAAGAUUGAAAGACGCUGUGGCCAUUCAGAGUGUAUCAGCAUGGCCAGAAAAAAGACCAGAAAUUAAGAAGAUGGUAGAGUCGGUUGCCAAGCAAUUGGAAACUCUUGGAGGAACUGUUGAACUGGUUGAUAUUGGGAUGCAGAAACUACCUGAUGGAACUGAAAUUCCAUUGCCCCCUAUAUUGCUCGGUCAGUUGGGUAAUGAUCCCAAAAAGAAGACAAUUUGUAUUUAUGGUCAUCUUGAUGUACAACCAGCAGCAAAGUCUGAUGGAUGGGAUACAGAACCAUUUGUAUUAACAGAAGUUGAUGGUAAACUUUAUGGAAGAGGUUCAACAGAUGAUAAAGGACCUGUGUUGGCAUGGUUACAUGUCAUUGAGGCAUAUCAAAAGCUUGGUAGAGAUAUUCCUGUUAAUUGCAAGGUACAU